CAGAUAGUUACCACGGGCCAAGAAGGUUGUGGUUUCCCUUUUUGUUUCGUUUGUUAGUUAGUUAGUUGGUUAGUUAGUUAGUUUGUGAGCAAUACUGAACAGAUCUUCAUGGGAGAUGGGUCAAGAAAGAACCCAUGAAUUUGAGGAGACCGUGGCGGGGCUAUGCGCUCCACCGAGUGACAAUCUAGUUUUGGUUUCGUUCGUCCAGCUUUUGUGAUGCCCUGUGUCGACAUUUCUAAAAACGAUGAACGUGAAUGGCUCUUUCUUUUCUUUUUUUUUAACACAUUAUACCCUUCGAUGAAGACUUCUUUUUUUUUCCGGUCCAUGGAUGGAUGUUAAUGAAUGUGGUUCUGGUCCAACACGUCCUACAACUUGACAGGGAGUACUACCCCUCCAGCACCACGACAGACUAAGGUGAAUGGCUAUGCUGCAUGGAAAUAGAGCUGUCAACUGUGUACUAAUGAGAAUGCAGCUUGGUGAGUAGUGGAGUCGCUGUCAGGGUAGACCAUGUUUCAGUCGGAGCAGACAGAGGCCAGACUGGGCCUGGACAGCCCUGAUCCGCUGGUGAGAGAAGCUUUUCUAAUGGUUCAUGACUAUAUAGACUAUGUAACCACAGGGGGGGCAGACGGGACCAUGUGUCCCGCCCCUACGGCCUGCACCGCAGCCCUGCGCCACGCCGGGGACGAGCUCCUCAACCGCUUCCCCAUCUUCUUCAGGCGCUGGCCUCGCGUCUUCCAGGAUGUGACGGAGAGCAGCGCCUGCCCCAUGCUCAUGAGCAUCCUGGACGAGCACUUCUUCCCCCCAGUCUCUGGGGGGCGGCGCAGGGACCUGGCCUGGAGCGCAGUGCUGUCCGUGUACGUGCUGGCUGGCCAGAUGGCUCUGCAUUGCCAAGAGCGGGGCAUGCUGGCGGUCCUGCCCCAGCUGAAGGAGCGUGUGGGGGUCUACGUGGAAAGGGUCAUCUGUCCUGCAAUACGAGAGAAGGGAGGAUGGGGGGGCUUUGUGUCACGCUUCGGACAGAAGCAGUACCUGGAGGACCACGUGAAGAGAGUGUGCCGCUGGACGCUGCUGGCGUUGGCCACGAGCAUCCUCGCCUACCUGCUGUGGAAGAGAAUGGCUUAGCCAACACUGCCACCUACUGGCCACAGCCGGAAAGUGUCUGCAGGGGCACGAGUGUCUUUUGAUUCUUUAAAAAACUUUGAAAAGCACAAUUCAUUAGUUACUUAAGUGAAAAUGUCAUAUCCCAGACUCAUUACACGUACGCUGAAAUAUUUCAAGAAUUAUUUUUUCCUACAGCUAAAAAAAAGAUCGUUCAAAAAAAGAUUUCCAAUACAGAAAUGCCAUCUCUAGGCUGCGGUCAUCCCCGUUGCUUGUUCCACAUUUUCCUACCACACUUUUCCCCCACAGCACUCUGUGAACAAGCCAUGACCUUCCGUGACCUCCACUCCUUGUGGAGGUCGUCUACGAUCAUCUUCAGGACCACUGACAAGUCAGUGGUGUUCCCCAUGAUUGUGCUUGCAUAUAACAGAACUAGACCAAGAUAACGCAGUAUUUGUACUGUGUGAAUAGUGCAACUCAAACUUGAACAUGUUCGAUAUUUUUUGAGCUGUAGGCCAUGAUUGUCAAAAUUAGAAAAUGCUUGAAACAUUCUAGUUUUUUGAGUCUAGGACAUAUUACAUUUUCCCUUUCUAAAAUAUCUGAUAAAAAACAUUGACCUUUUAAAGCUGCAGUUACAUACUGGCACCAGUCACUUACAGCAUAUUUAAAGCUGAUGAUAACAGAUGUACAAAACUGAUGUAUGGCGCAUUUAAGCCAAUUCAACGGUCACAUGGUGACGAAUACUGAGCGAAUGUUUACACAUUAGUACAUGGACUUUUUGAUCCAGUAUUACACUUUCAUCCCAUGUCAGCUGUGCAGUCGAUGUGCAGUUGUUGAGGAUUAUAGAACAGACUGGCCCAGGUCCACAAAGAUGUUAGCUGCAUUUAAAUUUAAUAUAUAGGUCAUCAUUUUAACUGGCUGCCUGUUUUCAACUAAGCACAGUAUGAACUCAUGAAGUGUAUAUGUCAUGUCUGAGCAGUAGUUAUUAAACAAGUUAUACCACCAA